AUGUCAAUGAUAAUUGCUCAAACUCCUAAAACUUAUUUCGGUUCUGACAUUCAAAAAUCAUUUGGUUCUCUUCCUGGAUUUUCAAGGGCAAAAUACCCCAGAGAAAAACAUCUUCCCCGUCAUAAUUACACUGGUGCAGGUACAAGACACAAGUAUAAUAGAUGUCAACAUUUCACAUCACGAAGAAUAUUUAAACCAUCGCAGGCAGUGGGGGAUAUAAAGAGGACAAGAAUUUUACCAAACUCUGUGAGGGGGAUGCGAUUUCAAAAUCAAAGACGGGACUCCCAAACCAAAACAACCUUAGAAAACAAUUUCUUCCCAUCUUUAUUUACUGAAAUGGUUUUGGAAGCUGGUUCAAAUCCCAUAGAAACCAUUAAACAACCUGGGGAAUUUGACACACAGUUGAAAACAGUUCUAUAUCCCAAAAACUACGAUUCAGUCUUAGGCUGGAUACCCGAUGUUGGCGAUGGAAGAGUUUUAAAAGAACCGGUAAGAAAUGUUCCAAAUGAUGCAAAUGAAGUUAGAAUGAGAGCUAUUGCUCGAAACACAAUAGAAAUAGUAGGACGAGCAGGUAAUCAGGGGUUUGAAAAACGAGUACUUCAGUACAAUAAUGAUGUUGAGAAUAAUAGGUUUGGUAAUUACGUAAAUUGGAAAUUAUAUUCUUUAUUCGGUCUGAUGGAACACAGAAAAAUUUCCAUAGGGUUACCAUAUAAAAUUCAUCUACAAAGAGAAAUCAAUGAUGAUAAGAUAUUCUUUGGAGGGAAUGCUUCAGAUGGAAAUUAG